AUGUUUUCUUCGUAUUCUCUAUCCAAAUGUCUUGUUGCUUUCCAUAUAUUGGCUAUACAACUCCUCGUAGGCAGCGCUUCAUCCUUGAAUCUUACUAAUGAGUAUCUUCACCACAAAUGCCGCGUUAAUCAAGGCAAAUAUCAGUCGGGAAGUGAGUACGAGAAACAACUCAACUCUAUUAUCCGUACCAUCGCUGCCGAUAGGUUAAUAGAUGGCUUCAUACACACAUCUAAUGAAAAUGAUAACAAUUCAGUCACCAUCAUAUUCCAAUGUCGCGGGGACUCUUAUAGGUCCAAAUGCUUUCCCUGCUUUGCCACCGCCCUCGCCGGGUUUCGAAAGAGAUGUCCGAGAAACAAAGGAGGAAUAAUAUGGUACGACCAAUGUUUUCUUGAUGUGAGUAUAAUCAAUGAUCAUGUCCCAAGACGGAUGAACUUCGAGAAUACUUUUUCUAUGCACAACCCAAAUAACGCGAGAGGGAAUACAAACUCGUUCAACAAAAAGACAACUGACUUGCUCUAUAACUUAAUUGUAAAAGCUGAUAGACCUGACGUGGACGGCCUCAAUUUUCUAUAUUACGCUGCCGGGGAAAUUAGACUUGGGAAGCAAACAUUGUAUGCAAUGGUUCAGUGUGCGAAAGACAUAUUAAGUUGUAAGAAUUGUUUGGAGUGGAGUAUCAGGGAGCUUUCUAAGUGCUGUGAUGGUAAACAAGGAGGGAGAGUUUUGAGUACGAAUUGU